AUGAUGGCCUCAACGUGUUUGGCAAUCGUUGGGCUGUGCUGCACCGUUGUGGCAGCAGGACGCUUUGCCCAGCAACAUUCCGCAGGAUCAUUGCAGCAUGUUGCCUUGUCCGAGUCCGUUGCGUCAACUGCCAACAACCGGGCGUUCUUCAAGGCGACAAGCACCAAGGACAUGUCGGACGAAGAGGCCUGUCAGAGCCAGGUUGCGAGCUUUGAUCGCCACGUCAAGGAGUUUUGUGAGCAAAUCCGGCCAGCUCUCCGGAACGGGUCCUACGCCUGGUUGACCUAUAUCUCGGACGUGCGCGCCACAGACAUGGCGAAAAGCAUCUCCGAUGCGUUGUGGGCUGGCAAGCCGGAUGCUUCAUCUGGGUUUCUUUUUGCCCGCGCGUCCUUUAGGGAGAAGGGCCUCUUGCUCUGGAGCGGGGCUCCUGUACGAUCAAGACAGUUUUGGUGCGAGGAGCUGGGUUUGUACUUGUUGCACGACGACGUCCUGGGUGAUGAAUUUCGAACACCCUUUGGAUCCCUUCUGGAGAUGGAGGGCGUGAAGGACUCGCAAGGCAGACUUUUUGGGAGUUGUGAGUGGGAGCGAGCGGGCCCACUCUGGCGGUCGGCAUCCGAGGCGGUGGUUCGAAGAAGUUCGCAGGAGCUGGCUGUCCGGGUGCUUUUGAAGAAAGCCUUGGUUGGGAAAGAGUGGACACUGGCGGAGACUGCCUUUUUCCAGUUCGAGCUAGUGGGCCUGGCCAGACAUCCCCCCAAAGGGGGGAUGAAGAUCCUGAAUGCCCAUGAGAGCGUGAAGUGUGUCCACGUUAUGCCCCUACUCCGUGCGAGAAUCGAGGAGGUGGGCUCCGAAAAGGAUUGGAAGUCAGUUCAGAGCUUCUCCUGCGUGGACGUCCCGGAGCUUCCCCAAAAAGGCAAGGCGAGAGAUCUGGAUUCGCAGGCUUUCGAAUUUCCGAAACCUUGGUCCGAUCUUGACCCGCAGUGCAAAGUCACCAACAAGGCCCUGACGCGGCCGCUGUUUCAGGACUGCCUCUCACAAGGCCACGUCGACUGGAACGACCUCUUGCGGCUAAGUCACCAAGAGAACAUCGUGGGCACCUCCGGUAUUCUGCAAGAGCAUGGGCCCCAGGUGGCUGUGGUACUCCCCGAUUUUGUCCGCAUGUUCCCGAGUCGGAUGCUGGACGACCUGAUCAACCUGCGGCGCUCAGGAGGGAGCCCCCCCGGACUGGCCGCAAAGGCGGCUACGGCGCUCCAUUCAUUGAGCAAAUGGGAAAUAGAGCCUGAUCUUGCCACUCUCCAACUAUUUCUCUCUGUACCUGAUGACCACGUUCGCUGGAAAGCUGUGCGGCAUUUGGGGCUCUUUUUCAGACAAGCCAUCCACGACCCUGCGUCGGUGCUCACCUGUCUCUGGAUGGCCAUGAGCGACCCUAACCUUGACGUGCGUACGAUAGUGGCAAGCAUUUUGGCCUCGAGUCCCGACACGAGGCUAGUAGGGCCGGUACUCGAGACUGUGAAGAAAGUUCUGAGCGGAAACGCUGGAUCCGUCUGGUAUGGCUCUGCCGCACAGACGAAACUGGUCCUGGAAAGCGGCAUCGCAGAUGAGCGUGCUGUUAAUACAGCUGUGACUGCGUUGGAAUAUCUCGGAGAUCAACACUUUGGUGCAGUCCUGCCUGUUCUUGAACAAGCGGCCGCAAGUGGCAAGUUGCAGACUCGCCUCAGAAUCGUGAAGGCCGCGGCUACCCUGUGCAAGAAAGACAUCACCAGAAAGGGAGAUCUUCGGCCGCUCCUACAGAAAGCUGCUGAAGAUGUUGCUCCGGCUGUGAAACUUGACGCUCGCUCCGCACUGAUCUUCUCCUGCGCAGAUUCCAAAUCUCUGAGCCAGAGCAAUUGA